AUCAAUUGUCAACCCAUAUCAAGGCAGACAUUAGCACACCUUUCUUCCGAUAAGUUCAAACCAUGCAUCCAUAUAGCUGGCAUACUUACUUAUUCUUCCGCAUUUAUCCCGUACACAACCAGGAAUAAAUUGCUCAAAGUUGAGUAUUGACUUGGAACGAAAAGUAAUUUUUAUAUCACCUGGCCGAUGAUGGCACCUUCUAGUACCAAAGCAAUCAAUGCCAGGGCGAAAAACGUUUCAUAUUUCACACCUGCACAGAAUCCUCCAUCAGGAACAGCAGUGGGCCCUUCAUUGAAGGCUCAAAUCAUCCCGAAGCUUUUCCAACCACUAACCAUUAGAGGCGUGACCUUCCAAAACAGAAUAUGGGUUGCGCCAUUGUGUCAAUACUCGGCCGAAGACGGAAAAGUAACACCGUGGCAUCUGUCCCAAAUUGGCGGCUGGGUCACACGUGGUCCUGGCCUUACUAUGAUAGAAGGAACUGCUGUUUCAAAGAACGGACGGAUCGAUCCUAAUGGAGUAGGACUCUGGAAUGAGGAGCAGCUUGAAUCUUUGAAAACGAUUGUUGAUUUCACACAUUCUCAGGGCCAACACAUCGGUAUCCAGCUCUUUCAUGCAGGCCGAAAAGCUUCCACAGUCGCACCGUGGUUGGGAAAUGAGAAUGCAACUAAAGAGACAGGUGGUUGGCCUGAUGACAUCAUUGGCCCAAGUCCCGUGGCCUACGAUGAAGGCUCUUUUAUACCUAAAGAAAUGACGCUCUCGGAUAUUGCAAAUUUCAGAAAGUUUUGGGUAAACUCUGUUGAGCGCGCUUUACGAGCCGGGUUCGAUGUCGUUGAGAUCCAUGCCGCUCAUGGAUUUCUCCUUCAUCAAUUCCUAAGCCCUAUCAGCAACAAGAGAACAGACGAGUAUGGUGGUAGUUUUGAGAAUCGCAUUCGUCUGCUACUCGAAGUAAUCCAGGAUACCCGGCUUACGAUACCCGAGACAAUGCCUUUGUUCUUACGAAUUAGUGCAACAGAUUGGCUAGAGGACACAGAAAUUGAUGGUUGGACUCUUGAAGAUAGUGCGCAAUUAUCUGUGAAAGCUGCAAGCUUCGGUGUUGAUUUUAUUGAUGUAUCUUCCGGUGGCUCCCAUCCAGGACAAAUCAUCAAACUCGGCCCCGGGUACCAAGCUGGUUUUUCCAAAAACAUUAAGAAUGCUGUCAAGGAUAAAGCUUUUGUCGGUGCUGUUGGUAACAUUACAAAUGGCGUGCAAGCCAAUGAACUUCUUGAAGAGGGCCUCGACGCCAUCUUCAAUGGAAGGAUGUUUCAGAAGAAUCCUGGUCUGGUUUGGUCGUGGGCGGAUGAUUUGGGAAUCAUUGUACAUGCUGCAAGACAAAUACAAUGGGGGUUUAAAGAAAUUCCCAAUCCACUCAUAGCCCAAAAUUUCUAGCGGAUAGUGCAUGACUUUCGCUUAUUUACCUAUUCAUCUCCUUGGAUCAUACCAUGAUACAGCGCAAAUAUGAGAUGAGAGAAGAAUUGAAACAAGGACAGAGAGAGCGAUGAUAUUAUUCUUGUAGAGUGCAAAGUAUAUAGACGGUGUGGAUACACAUAGACAACUUCCACAAGCAAAUAUACAUUAUCAAUGCUUUGCCCCUCUUUCCUCUAUACUUGCGUGCCAAAGUUAGCAUACUGGGUAUAGCUCCGAGAAAGUAUCGUGUGUAGGUACACUGCUUGUUAAUCGCCAUCCACCGCUUUCCUGGCUUUGGAGUUCAAGACAGUAGAUCGUGAGCGUGGAAGGCAUGGCAGCAAUACUUGUUACAGCAUCCUCAAGAUUCACUGAUAGUUGUAUACUUUAACUUUCUUUGUGACUUAUAAACUGAGCUCUGCGAGAUUUUCUUUUGUUUCAUUGUGAUGCCC